AUGAGAUUUAAGGAACGAAGAAGUUAUCACUCCAUUAAGAAGCAAGAUGAGAGUGCAUCAGCUGACGAACAAGCAAUAACGAAAUUUCCUAAUUCAUUAAAGAAAAUCAUCGAAGAAAGCGGAUUUCAUACCAAACAGAUUCUUUACGUUGACAACACUGGAUUGCUUUGCAAAAACUUGCCAGACCGUUUAUUCAUUUCCAAUGAAGAGAAAACUAUUCUCAGCUAUAAGUUCUCAAAAGUACGUGAGAACAUUAUGCUGGUAGGUAUUUCUGCAGGCGAUUUUAAGUUAAAGCCAUUGCUUGUGUAUCAUGCUCACAACCCCCAGUCCCUGAAGAACAUACCCAAAGCAUCUCUCCCUGUUAUAUGGACGGCUAAUUCCAAAGCAUGGGUUACUGGUGUUGUUUUUGAAGAUUGGUUCUUCAAUCAUUUUAUCCCAGCAGCAGAGGAGUACUGUAAGGAGAAGGCGAUUCCUUUUAAGGUUUUACUUAUCUUAGAUAAUACUCCUGAUACCACGAAAAACAUAGUAGACUUUGAGUCCAAUGUUACAAUCGUAUACCCCCCACCGAACAUCACGUCUUUUCUACAGCCAAUGGAUCAGGGAAUAAUUGCUAUCUUUAAGCGUUACUAUAUGAAGCAUACGCUGCAACAAGUAAUAGCUGCAACUGAUCUUGAUGAAUCCAUCACACUUCAGGACUUUUGGAAGAGUUACGAUAUCUACAAGGCUGUAAAGAACAUAGCAGUGACAUGGAAUGAUGUACGGAGCACGGCUAUGAAUGGGGUUUCAAAUAAGAUAUCAUCAGAAGAAAAACUGUUUCCGGAGGGAAUCACAAACAUUCAUGAUGAUAGUGCACCAAUUCACGUAGCUAAAGUUGUCACUGAAUGGUACGAGGAACAUUCUAGUGAAUUUGAACAUUUUAUCUGGCCACCGCAGAUAAAAUAUCGUGUGCAUUUUAGAAAAACAAAGUUGAAGGUCUCGAUAUUUAAUGAAUUUUUAACUGACCGAUCCAGGUUGAAAUCUGGAGGUGCAAGACUGGGUGGACGCGGAGGAUGCGGCGAAUCUUACCAGUUAGGCACAAGCAACAACUGCAAAGAAGUGGCUAUGUCAUGGUGGAUGGUUGUGUCUAAUUUGUCAAGCUCCUUACAAAACACAUGA